UGGUCAGCCUCGUCGCAGGGUAUCACCUCAGAAUUACCUUGCCGUACUGCCACUGACGAGUAGCGUUCAGUCGAGACCGAGCUCAUCCGCGAUACAGUUGCUUUUCGCAUUCAAUAGACAAAAUGGCUGAUGUUCCGAAGCGUGAAGUUGAAAAUGUCGAAUUCGUUUUCGAAGUUAUGGGCUCACCCGGUGAGGGCAUUGAUGCCUUCGAUCUAGGCGAUGCUCUGCGCGCUCUAAACUUGAACCCCACCCUGGCUCUGAUCGAGAAAAUGGGUGGCACCAAGAAGCGCAACGAGAAGAAGAUCAAAUUGGACGAAUUCCUGCCCAUCUACUCGCAAGUGAAGAAGGAGAAGGAGCAGGGCUGCUAUGAGGAUUUCAUUGAGUGCUUGAAGCUGUACGACAAGGAGGAGAACGGCACCAUGCUGCUCGCUGAAUUGCAGCACGCUCUGCUGGCACUUGGUGAGUCCCUGGAUGAUGAACAAGUGGAGAAUCUGUUCGCCGACUGCAUGGAUCCCGAGGAUGAUGAGGGCUUCAUCCCCUAUUCUCAGUUCAUCCAGCGCUUGAUGAGCGAUCCCGUGGUCUUCGACUAAACACAUUCCUCGCAAGAAUGUGUGACAGACCAGAUGCGCUAUAAAUAAAUAACAACAACAACAACAACAACAACAAAACAACAACAACAAGAACACCAAACAACAAAUUUAUAGCAAACAGCCAUUCUCCAUAGAUGUUAUAUUCAUCGCUAACUCUCUCUAUCUCUCUCUCGUAUAUUAUUUUAAUUAAAUUUUACUUCUGCUACUACAACUGCAAAAUUGAACUUCAAGAUAAUAUUAUUUUUUAAAAAAUAAAAAAAAUUUAAAUUAUAAAAAUAACGAAAACAAAAGAAAAAAAAACUGAAAAAAAUAAGUUUCGUGCCAAUUAUUUUUGUUUUGUUCAUGAAUUUUUAUUUUUAAGUUUUAAGUGCAAUCCCAAAAUUAAUAUUAUUCAUUUUGAAAGACGCAAAUAAACCAAGUAGCAAAAGAUUGGCUCAUGUUGCAACUUCAAUCGGAUAUCAUCAAACAAAUAAGUAGAUAUAACUAAUCCUGAAUAAAAGAUGGCAUUAGGAUGUGUAUAAAGAGUCCAGCA